AUGCUCGUUCUAAAUGGGCCUCACCGGGUGCGCCAUGUUAAACUUGUCACCAAUAUGUCAGCAGUUCGUAACUGCAUCCCCCCAUCCCCUACCCUGCUUUCCCCCUUCCCUUUCCCUGCUCCCCCCCAUCCCCUUCCCUGCUUUCCCCCAUCCCCUUCCCUGCGUCCUCCCAUCCCCUUCCUUGCUUCCCCAUGUCCCCUUCCCUGCUUCCCCAUGUCCCCUUCCCUGCUUCCCCCCCUCCUCUUCCCUGCUUCCCCUCAUCCCCUUCUCUGCUUCCCCCCAUCCCCUUCCCUGCUCCAACCCAUCCCGUUACCUGCUUCCCCCCAUCCCCUUCCCUGCUUUCCCCCAUCCCCUUCCCUGUUUUCCCCCAUCCCCUUCCCUGCUUUCCCCCAUCCCCUUCCCUGUUUUCCCCCAUCCCCUUCCCUGUUUCCCCCCAUCCCUUUCCCUGCUUCCUCCCAUCCCCUUCUCUGCUUCCCCCCAUCCCCUUCUCUGCGUGCCCCCCAUCCCCUUCCCUGCAUCCCCAUGCCCCAUUCUCUGCUUCCCCCCAUCCCCUUCCCUGCUUUCCCCCACCCCCUUCCCUGCUCCCCCCCAUCCCCUUCCCUGCUUUCCCCCAUCCCCUUCUCUGCUUCCCCCAUCCCCUUCCCGGCUUCCCCCCAUCCCCUUCCUUGCCUCCCCAUGUCCCCUUCCCUGCUUCCCCCCAUCCCCUUCCCUUCUUCUCCCCGUCCCCUUACCUGCUUCCCCCCCUCCUAUUCCCUGCUUCCCCUCAUCCCCUUCUCUGCUUCCUCUCAUCCCCUUCCCUGCUGCCCCCCAUCCCCUUCUCUGCUUCCCAACAUCCCCUUCCCUGCUUCCCCCCAUCCUCUUCCCUGCUUCCCCUCAUCCCUUUCCCUGCUUUCCCACAUCCCCUUCUCUGCUUUCCCCCAUCCCCUUCCCCGCUUCCCCUCAUCCCCUUCUCUGCUUCCCCUCAUCCCAUUACCUGCUUCCCCCCCUCCUCUUCCCUGCUUCCCCUCAUCCCCUUCUCUGCUUCCCCUCAUCCCAUUCCCUGCUUUCCCCCUUCCCCUUCCCUGCUUCCCCCCAUCCCAUUCCCUGCAUUCCCCCAUCCCCUUCCCGGCUCCCCCCCAUCCCCUUCCCUGCUUCCCCCCAUUCCCAAGCCCUGCUUCCCCCCAAUUCCUUCCCUGCUUUCCCCCAUCCCCUUCCCUGCUUUUCCCCCUCCCCUUCCCUGCUUUCCCCUUUCCCCUUACCUGCAUCCCUUCCCAUUCCCAUUCCCUCCUUCCCCAUGUCCUCUUCCCUGCUCCCCGCAAUCCCCUUCCCUGCUUCCCCCCAUCCCAUUCCCUGCUUUCCUCCAUCCCCUUCUCUUCUUCCCCCCAUCCCCUGCCCUGCUUUACCCCAUACCCUCCGCACUAUCUCCAGGUGUUGUCCUCAUCCUUCCAUGCGAUGUGA